AAAAUGACAAAAUCUUCAUAUAUUUUCUAGAUAUUCAUGGUGUACUUCAUUGCUGGAAUCAAGAAGCUUGAUGCAGACUGGGUGGAGGGAUACUCCAUGCACUACCUUGCUCACCACUGGCUUUUUGACCCAUUCAAGCUGAUACUCCCAGUUGAACUGGUCAGUUUGCUGGUGGUUCAUGGAGGUGGUUUGGUUCUGGACCUCACAGCCGGCUACCUGCUAUUUUUUGACGUCACACGCCCCUAUGCAAUCAUCUCUGUCUCCUAUUUUCACUGCAUGAACUCCCAGCUCUUUAGCAUUGGUAUGUUUGCCUACACCAUGUUGGCCACUAGCCCCCUAUUCUGCUACCCUGACUGGCCACGGCGCUUCUUUGGCCACUUCCCCGAGUUCUUACGGCCGAUACUACCCAUCACAUCACCACCAUCACAGACCAGCUCCUCAUGCGUUUACCCCAAACUACCGACCGGGUCUGCAGUCCCACAGGAGGCCGCCUCCAGCCCGAAGCCCUCCAGCCCCAGACUGAAGCACAAGCUCAGAGCAAUCUUUACCAUCAUUUAUAUCAUAGAGCAGCUUUUCCUACCCUACUCUCACUUCAUCACACAGGGUUACAACAACUGGACCAAUGGACUUUAUGGAUACUCAUGGGACAUGAUGGUUCAUUCACGAUCCCACCAGCAUGUUAAGAUCACUUAUCGUGAUGGAAUCACAGGGCAGGUUGGAUACCUCAACCCAGGGGUGUUCACACAGAGCAAACGCUGGAAGGACCAUGGGGACAUGCUGAAGCAGUACGCCACCUGCCUCUACCACCAACUCCCACACUACAACAUCUCCGAACCGGAGAUAUACUUUGACAUCUGGGUGUCCAUCAAUGAGCGCUUCCAGCAGAGGAUUUUUGAUCCUCGUGUUGAUAUAGUGAAAGCUGACUGGUCACCAUUUAAGCCAAAUCCCUGGCUCAUGCCCCUGCUGGUGAACCUCUCGCCUUGGAGGACUAAGUUUCAGGACAUUGAGGACACCCUUGAUAAUCAGACAGAGAUUGUCUUCAUCGCUGACUUCCCAGGCUUGCAUCUGGAGAACUUUGUGAGUGAAGAUCUGGGCAACACCUCUGUGCAGGUGCUGCAGGGUCAGCUGAAUGUGGAGAUCCUGGAUGAAAAGAAAAACUACACUUUGCAGCAAGGCGAACAGAUGAAGCUUCCAGCUGGAGCCUACCAUAAGGUGUACACUGUGUCAGAGGGGCCGUCCUGCUACAUGUACAUCUACGUCAACACCACAGAGGCGGCUCUCCAGCAGAACUUCACCAAGCUGUCUGAGCUGCAGGAGCGCAUUCGCAAUGGAACUGAGACGGAGCCUCUGGCACCAGAGCUUCAGCCCCUCAUGAUUGAUAAUGAGGAUGGCCUAGCAGAGGUCAACGCCACAGACCCCGUCGUUCAGUUGUUCCUGAAGCGCCAGCGCCGCAUGAAGGAAGUAAAGAAACGACGCGAGGCCUCCUUCAUCGAGAGGAUGCAGCGAUUCUCUGUGAAAAAAUACUACAUGCUGCGACGUGGGUUCCUGAUGACUGCGAUUGCCUUGCGUAAUCUGGCCUUUGGGCUUCCCCCUAUGGAGCAGCUCCAGAGAGAAGUGGCUUUUGCCAACAUGAAAGAGCCCGAGGCCCAGGCUACCCACGAAGACAAUUUAAACGCUGAAGUGGGCCAUGAUGAACUCUGAGCCUUUGGUCCAAGCAGAACGCUGUUACUGACAAGUGUUAUCAUGGGAUUGAGCUAUUUGGAACAUUCCUAGGUUUUGAUGGAGUUUGUUAUUUUUUUUAUGGAUGAGUCUUGUUAUAAUGUGAUGCAUAAGGAUUUUUGCAAAUGUUUUAUUUUUAGAUGGAACUGAAGGUUGAAGUUUUAGAUUGUUUUCGCAACAUGAUACUCUGCAACCAUAAAAGAACAUGAACUGGAGAGUGUGUAAGUGUUCUUGACACCUUUUUCCAUGGACUAUUGCUGCUGAUUUCUGAUUUGUGCAAAAGAUAAUUAUAAUAAUGCAAGAUAAGAAAGGUGUAAGACUUUCAGCCUAUGUUUGGGCAGUAAGAGGAAAAGGUCAACAUUUGUGGGCUAGACCAUGCUUAGCAAGGAAGAGACAUUACAAGAAGAAAUGCUGGCUUGGACACCAUACUGUCAUCUAGAACUAUCUCAUACUGGCAGUUCUGUAAACACGGGCAUUCCACAAGGUCCCUGAACUCCUAGUCAAGUUAUGGUCAGGCAGAAUAAAUACUGGUUGAGUGAUAGGCUUGGCGUAGACUGGAGCAAACUUGAUCAACGGUGAAUGUCAUGUCACUCCCUGCAGUAGGGGGCCCAACUUGCCUUAGCUAGAUUUGUUUUGAAAGGAUUUGAAAUUAUGUUUUUUUUUGGACCCAUGUUUGCCUUUUCAUUGUCAGGACAACGCAUUAAUGUGACAUAUUAACAAAGAUAUUGGAGGGGAUGAUUUAUUGCACAAACUAAAUCAAAGGAACAAACACAAA